AAUUUAUUUGCUAUCGCUAGAUUGCAUGCACUAUUCGUUUUUUUGCUUUUAAAAGCCCUAUUAUUUGAUUGUGGCAAGUACUUAAGUGUCUGACGUUUGCGACCUGCGACUAUUCAGAAGCUCCAAGGAAUUGUGCGUGUGCACUUAUAAUGUGAGACAAAUUUACAGAAGUUCCAUCGCAGUCCGUAGAUAAAUAUGUGAGUGUAUCUGGGAUGUAAGACCAUUGACUUGUGAUUAUCGGGUUAACUUUGCAGUUGCAACCACAAGAUGUCCACGCCUGUGCUGUCUGAAGACGAAUUAGGAAAGAAAUGGGAUAAGUGUCUUACAGAUUCUGUGCUGAAACUGGGUGGAGGCCUGCUGAUAGGUGCCACAUUCUCAGUCCUGUUCUUCAGAAGGAGGCCUUGGCCACUUAUACUUGGUACAGGAUUUGGUCUUGGAAUGGCGUAUGCGAAUUGUGAGACGGACCUCAAUGCUACAUUCCAGUCAAAGCCAAAGCAAUGACGGUGGACAUAUGGCCUUAGACUGCCACAGUUCCUCCUCUGCCUCUGUACUUUACAUGCAGACAGAAGAGUUGCCAGCCUUCAUAGUGAAAGAAUUGUUGAAAAUAGUGUAAAAUAUUUAAAUUAAAUUGUAUUUGCUUUCUUA